GUAUUCCAGAGACGGACCGAUGGCUCUGUGGAUUUUUACCGGGACUGGAACUCUUACAAGAGAGGAUUUGGAAGCCAACUCACUGAAUUCUGGCUAGGGAAUGACAAUAUUCACCAAUUGACCUCACUAGGAGAAAAUGAGCUGCACAUUGAUCUCACUGAUUUUGAGAACAAUCACACUGUGGCCAAAUAUGAGACCUUCAGCGUUUCAGGGGAGGCAGAUCAGUACAGACUGGGACUUGGAGCCUUCCUUGAGGGCACUGCAGGUGAUUCACUCACUUCCCACAACCGCAUGCCUUUCUCCACCAAAGACAGACAACAGGAUCCUAGCAACCGAAAUUGUGCAGUGACUUACAAAGGAGCUUGGUGGUACAAAAACUGCCACAACAGCAACCUCAAUGGGAUGUACUGGCUUGGGUCUCACUCCUCUUUUGCUGAUGGUGUGAACUGGGAUUCUGGCAGAGGGUUCUACUAUUCCUACAAAUACUCAGAAAUGAAAUUCAGGCCCCGGGAAUAGUCAAAAUUGGUGAGAGACAGCUGUCUCUUCAACUGCAUUUGAGAAAAGACAGUUUUCCUAUUCCGUGCCAGGAUUAGGAAAUGCAAAGUAGACAUCUUACAAAUCCUCUGUUUUAAUAGUGCUUCCUCCAUGGGAAAGCACUUCUGUCGUAGACUAAUGAAUACAGUGGCAAAAGGUUCAGUUGGGAUUUUGUGCCUCUGACAUGCAAAUGUCUUGAGCCAGCUGGAAUCCCAACCAAGCCAACAUCUUCACAUGUUAGUUCAUACAGACACAUAUCUCUAGUAUGCCUGCUGAGCAGAAAUGAACGACUCUUUGAUAGUAUAAGGAUUUUGGUUUAUUAUUCCGGCAGCAUUCACAACAAAGUUAAAUAAAAUCAUCAUAUUGUAAUGU